AAAUCGAAUCACGAAUUGACGAAGUUUGAUCAAUAUUCUUAUUUCGAUUGAAAUUAUACUUCGUUCUUUUCGAGAUGCCUCGUAUAAAAAUGAGAACUUCACUUACCGAACGUUAACGAAAAACUGACUACCUUUCCGUGUAAAUAACUGGUUUGACCCACUACUCGAGAGACAUCAAUCCCACUACUCGAAAUAUAAAAGAAAAACAUCUGAACCUUUAUAAUAAUUGGGAAAUUUCCACAGGUACAAAUUUUGUUUAUGCCCUCCGUCCCUACUUUCACAUUUUUGCAAACACGUGUGGGUCACGUCCCAUGAGCGGAUUAUCUAUUUAUUACAAUUGCUUGAAACCCUUGAAAAGGUAUACUCAGGUAUACGAGACCUUCAUUAGAUGUCGGAAGGAAAUUUUCCUUUUUUAUAUUACUCUUUUAUUAUUUUCUUUAAUCUUCACUGUUUAUUGUUAAAUUUAUUACCGUUAUUAAAUUUAAUACCGUUGAAAAUAUUUUCUUAAAGCAUUUCUAUAUUUACGUAUUUCUUGAAUUUCAAGUUGUUUAUAAGGAAUUAUCACUUCAAGCGUCGAUUGUUCGCUUGUUCGAAAGUCCACUCCUGUGUAAAUUCACUGUAAGUUUAAUCGCACAUUUUUUUUCUGAUGAUGUUCAGAGAAAUAUGCAGUCAAAAAGAGGAUAAAGAUAACCUUACAGCAUGCCUUCUUUCCAAAUACAUACUUUGGAUUUCACCGUUUACGGAUAUAUUAGCACGGCAACGUAUUUCGUGAUAUUGUCAUAUAUUAAAGGGAUGUUUCUAUUUUUAUUAUUAAUUAUUAUCGCAGAAGGAACGAUAGACUUACAAAUUCGCCUCAAUUCGUUCUUUCGCGACCGCGUGGAUUACCUAACCACCUGGAUGUGUCAACACCCAGCUAUUCGAUCAAGGAAUAUUGCAGCAGCCAACUUCACAGCAUACCUUCGUUCUCUUCGUUUUUUUCUCCCUUAAUCUUUUUCUUCUUUCCUUUCUUUAUUAUAUUUAUUUUAUUCCAUUACUUUCUCUUCUAUUUUUUAACCUCUUUUACUCAUAUGUUUUUAUUAUUAAGAUGCAUCGUAAAGUUACGAUAAACACGAAUCACGUAGUUUUCAUCGUGUAUUUAGUAGUUUAAAUUUCCGGAAAUGACGUAACUCGAUAUGAAAAAGCAAGUUAUGUUUCGGAUUCCAAAGUCUACAAUGUCUACAGCUCUUUCAACGAUUAAUUCAAAACCAUCUACUCAAACACGUAAAUGUUUGUAUGCAUCAUUUGAAUGUUUACAAUCCUGCCAUGAAGGAUAUUCAUACUGUUUAAGGCAUAUUCUUGAAGAUCCAAAUGCUCCUUUUAAACAAUGUGCUUUCAUAUAUAAUUCAAAUGGAAGAAAAUGUCAGAACCCAGCACCUAAACUUGAUAAAAGAGAUACUUCAUAUUGUACAGAACAUACUAGAAAAGCACAGAUUGCUCGUAUUAAAUCAACAUCACGUCAUUCAUUACCACAAACGCCUGAAAUAUUAUUACUAAAUUUGAAUCACUAUGUAAAGCCAACUGAUUCAAGUACAGAGGAUACUGAAGAUGAAGAAAAUAAAGUUAAAGCAUUAGAUCCUUUUAAUGAAAUUGAUGCUUAUAGAGUGAAUGCAAGUGGGUGUGAUAUUUUAGAUUAUGCUAGCUCCUCUGAUAGUGAUGUCGAACCUACUACAGUAAGUGAUACUUUAAAAAAUGCUUGUCUUGAUGACAGUGAUAAUGAAAGUUUACAUAGCCCACAAGAAGAUCCAUUGAAUAUUAAUUUUUUAAGGCAUGCUGGAAUAUUUACUGCAGAGGAAGUAAUUUAUAUUGCAAGAGAAAAAUUAAUCCGCCUUCAGUCUCUUUACAUAGAUCAAUUUAGAAGAUUACAAUAUACAUUAAGAGAGAGAAGACGCAAAUAUUUACAUGGUUUGAAAAAAGAAAAAGAAACUGUAUGUAGUAUACACGAUCAACCUAAAGAAACAGCAAGGGAGAAAAAAAUAUAUGAGAAACUAAAAGCAUUAAAUCGAUAUCAUAGACGUAGUGGCACAGAAGCUGUACUGUAUAGGAAAUCUUUAGAACGCCGAGCACAGGUAUCAGAGGGACCAAUGCAAAAGCCACCAAAUAUAUCCAAAUGUAUAUUUACAGAAGGUGGUGUAAAAUGUGGUGAAAGAACACUUCCUUCUGCUAAACAUUGUCGUAAACAUAUUCUUAAGGAUCAGCACCAAGUUUUAUUUAAAGCUUGUGGUGCAGUACAUGCUGACAUUGAAUGUCAUGAGCCUAUACCAGUUAUAUUUGAUUCCAAUUGUAUAUUCCAUAUGAAUUUACCACAACAAUGUAAAUUAGAACCAAUGAAAUUUGAAGAAGAAAAAUCCACUACACAAGAACUAUCAAUGAUUGAUAAUCAAUCCAUGGAAAUUGAUGUAGUUGGUGAAACUCAAGAAAUAGAUCCAGAUGAUGAUAUGGCUGGAUUAAUGAGAGAAAUGAAUGACACUAGUCACAUGAAACCAACAUUCAAUGAAAGUUUGAACAGUGAAGCUAGUACUGAUACAGCAUUUAGUUUAUCAGCCCAAAUGAGUGACAAGGAUGAACUAGUUUCAAUGUGACAUGAGUUUUUAUAUUAAUUUGGAAUCAUUAUUGUAUUAUAUAAUAUUCAUAUUAAACAUAUAUUUGGGUUUAACCUUUAUAAUUAACAGCAUAACAAUUUUUUUUAUAUAGAAAUGAAUAAGCUCUUAUGUUUCAAUUUCAAUCAUUUGUUCUAUUAGCAGUGGAUGUAAUUUAUAUUCUGCUAAGUUUGUACAUAUUUCUAUUGAUAAAAAUAAUCUUAACGAGUGUAUAUAAUUAGUAAGUAUAAUAAUAAAUUAUUGCAAAUGUGUAUUAUAAA